UAAAAUCUUUUGCUUUUUUCCUAAUUUUCUAUUAGAGAAAAGAUAAAGAUGCAGAUAGAGAGAUUUGCAGCUUUUUGCUUGCUGAAUAAAUAAAAGCAGGAACUAGGAAGGAAAUUAGGCCAACGGUUAGCUUUCUUCCCUCCAAACCCUUGUGAUUCCCUUGGAAUCAAAGAUAAACCCCCUUAGCAGUUGGAUUUCUGGUCACCAUCUGAACCCAGAUUCACCUUCCUGACAUACUCUCUGCACCCUUCUCUUGCUUCUCAAAUUGCUUAAUAUCCCCCUUCUUAUAAAUUUCAAUUAUGUUCAUGUUUUUUAUAUUUGAGGUCUGCCCAGUAAAGAAUUUGACCCAUUCUGCAAGUUUUGUGCUUUUGGGGUGAGAGAUUUAGGCCUUGGAAAAUUUCGGUUGUUGGGGUUGUGAAGAUUUUGGUGUAAAGAUGAUUGAUUUGUGCUUUUGAGUGAGAGAUUUUGGCCUUGGAAGUUUUUGGGUUUUUGGAAAUUCUGGUGUGUAGUUGAUUAAUUUUAUGGUAUGAUCCAAUAAAGUUAUUCAAUUUCAGGUGCUUUUGUAUAAAGCUGUAAGCUUUCUUGGAUUUUCGAAUAUUUAGAGUUGGGUUUUGGAGGGGAGAGAUUUUCAGAGGUUUGCAGUUCAUUUGCAAACUGAAGGCUGAAGCUUUUUCAGAUCCAAAAGUGCGUUUGGCUGCUCAACCCAAUGGUAUUUUUCACCUGUGUUGCUUCAUUUAACUCUCAUGACUAUACUUGAAGAAAACAUGAAAAAACAUGAAAGUUGCAUGAAUGUUAUGUAACACAAGCUUUCCAUCAAACCCGACUGCAAUUGCAGCCCACCACACAUUUGUGAAAACUCCCAGCACAAUUUUUGUGACACAACUCUCAUAUAUUUCAUAACAGCCUCCCAAUUUCAGUUCACACCAUAUAACACUUGUAUAAAGCGCCAUAUUUAUAGUUGCCAAUAGAAACAUAGAAUCAUAGAAUCAUUCUUCUAUGGAUAGCCGUUACAUAUUUCAACCAGAACUCAUGUGCCAAACUGCUUUCGCUGCGGUUUCAGUUUCCUCAAAUUCUCCGGGAGAUGAUGGUGCGGCAGUUAGUUUGGUCAGGACAAGGUCCUCUAGAGCUCCUCCUUCAUUCUUAAUGAGAAUGGCAAUGAGAAUAUCUAGAGCAAGGUGGUUCACCUUCUUGAGAAGAGUCUUCCACUACCAAAAUGGUUCGAGGUCCAAUCUUGGAUCAAAUCCUUUCGAUAACAGCACUUGGAUGAUGCUGGAAUUCAUGGCUUUGGUUGUUCAAAUAGGCGUGACCACGAUUACCUUGGCUGUUUCGAAGGAGGAGAGGCCGGUUUGGCCUAUGAGAAUUUGGAUUGUUGGGUAUGAUAUUGGUUGUGUUCUCAAUAUGUUGGUGCUCUUUGGGCGUUACAGGCUACUUUAUCUGACUCAAAGUGAUGGUUUCAACCUCUCCGAUGUGGAACAGCAGAGAAGCACUGAAGAUUCCAGGACCACACAUUUGAUGAACAGGUGUAGAACCUCACUCGAGCUCUUCUUUGCCGUAUGGUUUGUGAUGGGUAAUGUUUGGGUCUUCGAUUCUCGCUUUAGUUCGUUUACUGGAGCCCCGAAACUCCAUGUGCUCUGCAUCUCUCUGCUUGCUUGGAAUGCCAUUAGCUACUCCUUUCCCUUCCUGCUGUUUGUGCUGCUAUGUUGCUGUGUACCCCUAAUUAGCAGCCUCCUUGGAUACAACAUGAAUAUGGGAUCCAUCGAUAAAGGAGCUUCUGAUGACCAAAUUUCUCAGCUUCCCAGCUGGAGAUACAAAGAGGUUAAUGCCAAAAUAGUCGGAAAUGAUUGCGAUUCAGGAUCCCUAAAUGAUGAUCCAGAUUGCUGCAUUUGCCUGGCAAAAUACCGAGACAAGGAAGAAGUACGGCAGUUGCCAUGUUCCCAUAUGUUUCACCUCAAUUGCGUCGAUCAUUGGCUCAGAAUCAUAUCUUGCUGUCCUCUUUGUAAGCAAGAACUGCAGAGAUAGGAAUUACAACAACAAAAUGGUUGAGUUUUUUCUUCUUCUUUUUCUUCGAUUCUCUCUUUUUUUUCAGCGUGAACUUACGCGGUUACUCGAGCGAGUAUUUUGCCUGUACAGGGGAGCUCACCAGUAACUAAAGUAUACCCAAAUUUUACAGUGGUUGAAUAUACAAAUAGGUAGCAAGAGAAUGAUGUUGGUAUCCUUACAAAUUUCUCCCGUAUGUAUACCAAAAAAAAAACACAUUCUUUUUCUAAGUUUUAUUAAUAUUAUGGAAUAACUCUGUUUGUGUAAGUUUAUCUUAUACUGUCGGUCCAAGGUUGGAUAACAGAGGAGAGAGAAGGUGUCAGAUAGUCAACAGUCGGCACUCUAUUUUUCACGACAAAUUUCUAUGACUUUGUUUGUUUUAAUAUUCUGGAAUAUAUGUACAUGGAAAUGCACUAAAGAAUGUAUCAAACCUUCGUAAUAUUCAUUAAAAGCUUGUGCUUUAAUACUUUA